AUGUCCGAACGAGCAGAGCGCCUCUCAGGCCUGCAGAAUGGUGCCGUCGGCUCCAUCGCCGGCAUGAUAGAAGUGAUGCUGCAGCAGCCCACCGUGGCCAUCAAGAACGCGGUGCAACAGGGCCGUCCCGUUCCAUGGUCCAUGCCGGCGCUUUACCGCGGCGUGAUCGUCUCCCUCGCCUCCAUUGCACCUGUGAGCGCUAUUCAGUUCGCAGUCAACGGCCGGUUGCUGCGUAGCUUGACGGAUCCUACCUCAGCGCCAUCCGACGAAACCAAGGUAUUGUGCGGCACACUAUCGGGCGUCGCGUCAGCAGUGCUCAGCGCUCCCGCGGAGCUCGUAAUGACGUUGCAGCAGAACCAUGGCAGGAGCUUCGGGGCAACGGUCACCAAGAUCGCCCGGGAGCAUGGCGUGGUCCGACUGCUAAGGGGUUUCACGUCCACUGCUGUUCGUGACGCCGUGUGGUGCGCUGGAUACCUGGCACUAGGUCCCGUGUUCACCCGCGAGAUGCACACGUUCAGCCCCGCCACCUUCGGAGACGUUGACACUGCUUCCACGUCGCAGAAGGCGUUGGCAUCGAUUGCCGGCUGCGUCACUGCCGGUUUGAUCACGGUGGCAGCAACGCAGCCGGUGGACACCAUCAAGACGGUCAUGCAGGGCGAAGCUAUGAUGUUGCCCUCGGGUCGCGCACCCAGUACGCUCGCUACGGCAGGCCGCAUCUACGGCGAAGGGGGCUUGGCGCGAUUCUACCGCGGCAUCGUUCCGAGAGGAUGCCGUUUGGUCGGCGCCGUCUUCAUCCUAGGACAGUCCCGCAUCUGGCUCGAGGAGAUUUUCGAGGAGCAGAAGAUGUAG